AUGAGUGACGAAAAUAAUAAUCAAUUUGUUAAAACAAGCUGCAAACAUAUUUUUCAUAAAGAAUGUAUUGAUGAAUGGUUAAAGGAAAAAGAAAAUUGUCCACUUUGUGAACUAUUAUUAAAAAUAAAUUACUAUGUAGAAAAAGCAUUUCCAGUCAGAUUACAACCUAUAAAUUUAGAAAAUAGUAUAGAGAUACUUGAUCCUAAUAAUUUCUUAAAUGCAGUAAAAACAAAAAUUUUUAAAAUUGUUAAAGAGUAUUUGAAAGUACAUCAUGAUAAUAUAUAUAAUGUUCCACAAGUAAACAAAAGGGUUGUUGGAAAAAUGAAAGAUGAAUGUAAUGGAAAAAUAAUGGAAGUAUUUGGUGGUUUAAGAGCAAAGAUGUAUGCUUAUAAAAAUUCCAAUGUGAAAUUUGUUAAAAAAUUAUUUUUCUAA